AAUGGUGGUCAAUGGCAGGGAGAGAAUAGUCCUCUUUACCUGUGCCUCUGCCUAAAGAAGGCAUGGAGUAUUUAUAGUCCAUAUGCACCAUUAUAUAUUAGGGGAGAAAGGGGUCAGCAUAUCAAGCCAUUGUUUUGUGUGCUGCUCAUCAUAAAGCAGCAAGGGUACUGCUUGGUUCACGUCACAAGGAAAAAUGUCUCCCAAGAAAGCCAAGAAGAGAGCAGACGGAGGGAGCUCCAAUGUGUUCUCCAUGUUUGAGCAGGCGCAGAUCCAGGAGUUCAAAGAGGCUUUCACCAUCAUGGAUCAAAACAGAGAUGGCUUCAUUGACAAGAAUGACCUGAGGGACACUUUUGCAGCUUUAGGUCGUUUAAAUGUCAACCAGGAAGAGAUUGAUGAUAUGCUGAAGGAGGCUCCAGGACCGGUCAACUUUACAGUCUUCCUCACCAUGUUUGGGGAGAAGCUAAAAGGUGCUGACCCAGAAGAAACCAUCUUGAAUGCUUUCAAAGUCUUUGACCCUGAGGGAACAGGAACACUAAAGAAAGAUUAUGUGACAGAGAUGUUGACGACUCAGGCAGACAGAUUCUCAGCUGAAGAGAUGGAACAGAUGUUUGCAGCAUUUCCUCCUGAUGUAGCAGGGAACCUAGAUUACAAGAACCUGGUCCACAUCAUAACACAUGGUGAAGAGAAAGACCAGGAAUAGAGGGCAGGGCGUCUGCCUCAUGGAUCCUUCUUGUGUUCAGAUACAACAGAGCACAAACCAAAGUCUGAAUAAAAAGUUAAAAAGAAA